AUGGCGCGGUGGUUGUCAUUCUUUGCAGAAUACAACUUUACGGUCGAGUACAAACCAGGACGACUUAAUGUCGUCGCUGAUGCACUCUCACGUCGUCCCGACUUUGAACCAGUCGUGAAACCCGACAGUGAGACAGUCACUGUUGCGGUUAUGACGUCCUCAGUACCAUCUUCAACGUUGCAUGAUGAUGUGAGGCGGGCAUAUGCCCAAGAUGCCGUUUCUGGUGACACACCACGUGUUGUCAUUCCAGAUGAUAAUGAUCUGCGUUUGCGGAUCAUGUUCGAGUAUCACGAUGCUCCUAUAGGAGGACAUCGUGGCCGGGAGAAAACAUAUCUCACGGUGAGUCGAGACUUUUACUGGCCCCGCCAGUAUCAGCUUGUGCGAAACCUCUACCCGUUCCGGCAGAGUGCUGGGAAUCCAUCUCAAUGGAAUUUGUCUUCGGGUAACCCAAAGACGCACGCGGGAAUACGGGCAUUCUCGUAUUUGUUGACGGAUUCAGCAAAAUGGUACACCUUGUGGCUGUACCAGAGUCAAUCACGGCAAGUGGCUGUGCUUGUGUCUUUAUCGACACCAUCUUCUGACUUCAUGGGUUACCCCGUGUACUCGUAUCAGACAGAGAUCCACGCUUCACUGCUGAUUUCUGGUGUUCCGUGUUCAAAUCACUCGAACGCGCUUGAAGAUGUCGACAUCUGA